GUGUUUCUAAUAAAGCGGAAGCACAAGGUGGGUGUUUCUAAUAAAGUGGCCGGUUAGUGAAAGCACAAGGUGGGCGUUUCUAAUAAAGUGGCCAAUGACAGGAAGUACAGGGUUGGUAUUUAUAAUAAAGUGUACGAGUGUAAAGGUUUCUGUGAUUUUCCUCUCUGCUGCAUUCACUGUACUGUGUCAUUUUGCGCAUGUGCCUUUAAGAAAGCAGGGAGGUGCUGAGGGGGCUGUGUUUCAUGGUAAAAUGAAAGUAAGCGUUCACUCAGGAAAUGAAACUGAACUCAUCAAGCUGAUGUGGAAGGUUUGGGAAUAUUUACAGGUGUUUCAGUCAGGAAAGCAACUCGUUGUUAGAGUGAAGGAAAUCUACAGCACUGGUUCAUCAGGACUGAUAUUUGUUUUAGGAGACCUGUUUACAUGAUGUCCUCACUAACGUUUGAAGUUGACCCUGACACGGAGGGCAUUCUGUCCGUGAAGUGUGAGCUGAAAGGGAAGGGCUGUAAGGACAGCGUUCUCCUCUCCAACCUGGAUUUUGCUGAGAGCAUCUUCAGGCACCAUCCUCUCAGCAAAGCUACGAGUCUUCUGGUCAAAGGAGAAUGGCAGUGUGUCCGAAUCGGCGAAGCUGAGGACAUCAUCUACACCGUAACGUCAGAGAAUAAUCAGGGCCGCCUCGACGGCUGCAUCUACUGCGAGGAUGACGUCAGCGAGUCGGACGUCAAGAGCAUCCACUUCAGCAUGCACUCCUGCCAAAACGAGAUCAAGUCCUGCUUCGUUCAAGCUAAAGAGGCAGCUAAUGCAAAAAACUUAGAAGCGCUAAAAAUCGCAUGCAACAGGUUUUCGAUCACCUACACUGUUAGGAACACACCAGAGAAGAUGGUGACAAUCAAAACAAAGUGCCAGUUUAAACUCGCUCCCAUAAAUGUUGAAGGAUUGCUUGAAAGGAAAUGCUGGAUGGAGAAAGAGAAGGCGGGCUGUAAAGUGUUGAACGCAGGGCUUGACCAUCUCAUUAAUAAGUAUCUCACCAUGCCUGAUGCUCCGAAGUACAACUGUAAAUUUAUUAUACAGGGAGAUGGAGAAAUAGCCGAAAUUAUUUCAACUUGUGCCUCCAACAAGCCUCAGGAACAAUUCGUACUAAUGAACAACGACUAUUCAAGGACGACCAUGUAUCCACCAUCAUGGAGGAAAAGCUGA